ACAGCCGCUGACAAUUGGAUUAGAUACCCGUGCAAGAGCACACGCUUCUACAGUCCACUCUAUCCCGACACACGAUGAGCUCACGAACUGGCCGAAAUAAAAACUAGGUCCUAAAAAAAAAAUUUAAAUGAAAAGAACGACAAUUUUUUUGAAUUAACGAACAACUAGUGUUGUGUUGAGAAUGAAAGUGAUAACGUUAGUGUGAAAUGCUAAUCAACCAAAUAGCAUAUAAAACUUUGACUUAAGGUUCCUUGACGCGGCCCGGCGGAGACUGUACACAAUGAGUGCUCAAACACCAACAACCUCCGAUAUGAACAAACAAACAAGCAUCCGAAAAAUAUCGUGACAUCUGUACAACCCAACAUGAUUCCGGAACAUUCUUAUGAGAUGCAUGUACGAAACGAAGAUGACAGUUCAGACAAGGGUAAACUAUCUGCCGGAAAAAUCUUCUAUAAGCCCGGUAUUAUAGAAGAGGAGACGGAUGAAACCAGUGUUUUUGAUAGUUCAAUUGUGGAGACUCCCAUGCUAUACACCGGGAGUGGGUUUCUCAGGCCGCCUCAGAUACACCCAUCGAGUAGCCUCCAUAGAAUACCAACUUACAGCAGCUCUAUUGGACAGACUACUAUUUAUCGGCAGGAUACUUGCAGGAGCCGAUCGCACCGGCAUGGCGUCACUAGAAGGACUAGACGGAGAGCGAUUCUCAAAAAUGGAGAGUGCAAUAUUCUCAAGUCCCGAAUCUCUCAGCGGCGGUUGAGAUUCCUGCAAGACAUGUUCACGACUUUAGUUGACGCACAAUGGCGGUGGACCCUCCUUGUUUUCACACUAUCGUUUAUACUGUCGUGGUUGGGCUUUGCGUUGAUCUGGUGGCUGAUAGCAUUCACGCACGGCGACCUGGAACCGGACCACCUACCGCCAUUACAGGACUCUGCGAAUUGGAAGCCGUGCGUUUUUAACAUAAACGAUUUCACGUCGUGUUUCUUGUUCAGUAUCGAAACGCAGCACACCAUUGGUUACGGUGCCCGCACUACAACGGAAGAAUGUCCGGAGGCCAUUUUCAUAAUGUGCCUCCAAAGUAUCGUCGGUGUGAUGAUUCAGGCGUUCAUGGUCGGCAUCGUGUUCGCAAAGAUGACAAGACCUAAGCAUAGGACGCAGACGUUACUGUUCUCGAAGUAUGCAGUCGUGUGUCAAAGAGAUGGCGAGUUAAGUUUAAUGUUCCGAGUGGGCGACUUGAGGAAAUCGCACAUAAUAGGGGCGAGCGUGAGAGCGCAGUUGAUUCGAUCGCGGACGACUAAAGAAGGAGAGGUAUUGUCGCAUUAUCAAACCGAAUUAGAACUCAACGCAGAUGGAUGUGACAGCAAUCUUUUCUUCAUCUGGCCUAUUACAAUGGUACAUAGAAUAAAUCGCGACAGCCCCUUCUACGGAGUGUCAGCGGCGGACGUACUACAAGAAAGAUUCGAAAUAGUAGUUAUAUUGGAAGGAACAAUCGAAUCGACGGGUCAAACCACACAGGCGCGCUCCAGUUACACAACCAGUGAAAUUAUGUGGGGGCAUAGGUUCGUUCCGCUUGUGACGUACAACCGUGAACGACAAGGAUAUCAAGUGGAUUAUUCUAAAUUUGACGAGACGACCCAGGUGGACACUCCGCUCUGUUCAGCCAAAGAGCUAGACGAAUUUUACGGCAGCCAGGCUGAUCGUAGAUCUAUCGAAAGCGCGGAACAUCCACAGCAGCAGUUAAUUCUGAAGAUGCCGGAUAGAGCUCCCACCACCGAACCUAAGGCCGAAAAUAAAGACGGCGACUUUACUGUUACGUUGUAGAUUCAAUUGUAAAGCCUGUUUCACGGCAGCGUAGUUCUGACCAACGAAAUGUGUUUAAAUUCUCUUGAUUGUCAAUAUUAUUAAAGCAACCCUAUCCAGUUGUGAAACACGCUCGUAUAUUAUAAUUAGCUAUUUUUACUGAAUCUGAAUUUGAAUCUGAAUGUUCUUCAUAAAUAAAAAAUCUCAUAAUAAGAAAAAGAAAAUUUAAGCAGUGCUCCCUAGUCAGUUCUUGGCAAUAUCUGAAUCUCAUCAUUUUUGAAAUCUAAAUUGUUCGUUACCAUUAUAAUAAAUAGGUUGUGUAAUUAAGUAGAUAUUAUUAGUCACAUAACAUUCCAUAAUUUAUUAUUGAUAAUCUGUUACGCAUGGGCAGAGUUAAUUUAUUAAUGUAUAUAAGAAUUGAAAAUAAACAUGUAAUGUAUAUAUAAUAUUUAGGACGUUAAAAAUAUUUACUUUAAAGAUUCGAAAGUUUUUUUGUUGUAUUUUUAGCAACAGGUUUCAAACAGCAAUAUUAAGAAGUAAAUUCCCAAAUUUAUUUGUAAAAUCAUAAAUUAUAUUGAUAAUGUUAUUAAUAAACAAAUAAAGAAUGAAUAUCCCAUAUAUCGUAUGUGUCGUACUAAAUAAGUUCAUUUAAAUGAAGCAGCCAUGAUAUGUAAUUCGAAACGCGUAUAAUUUUUGUCAAUGUUAAUGUGAAGUCAAUAAUUAUGUGUUUAUGUUGA